AAAGCUGAGUUAGUCCGACUAAAAUGUACGUUUAAUCUCAGAGAUGAGCAAGCUUUGGAAAACCUUUAGUAACACCAAUAACAACAUAUCUCUACAGGGCAUUAUUGGAGACCCUGGUUUGCCUGGGAGAGAUGGUGACAUAGGAGUAGAGGCUUAACAAGGACCACAGGGCCCGGAGGGUAGAAACAGACAAUUCAGAAUAAUGGGGGAGAAAGGAAUGCUGGGGCCGGCAGGGGAGAUGGGGCCUCAAGGCCAAACUGGCCCCAGAGGUUAUAAGGGAUCAGCAGCAAAGCCAGGAAGACCCGGAUUUAUUGGACCCCCGGGACCUGUCGGGCAUGUGGGAGUAGCUGGACGGCCAGGCCCCAAGGGAGAUACAGGCAUUGAAGGGAUCCAAGGAGUCAACGGUGCAAAGGGAGAAAAGGGCGAAAAGGGCCCCAAAGGCAAGGGCCCAACCCUCCCCUCUCAACACGUGAUUGAGGUCUGCAAGAGAGUGGUGCUGGAACAGAUGUCUACCUUUGCCAACUCUGUGAAGAGGACAUGUGCUGCCGUGUGCCCACUCUACGGGGACGUCCCCUUGGGUGCCCCCGGUCCCACAGGACAGAAGGGAACACCGGGACCUCCAGUGAUCAAGGAGACGAAGGAGACGAGGGAGCAAAGGGCCAUGGCCUGCCUGGCUAUAUCGGAGACCAGGGACCAAAGGGCCAUGGCCUGCCUGGCUAUAUCGGAGACCAGGGACCAAAGGGCCAUGGCCUGCCUGGCUAUAUCGGAGACCAGGGACCAAAGGGCCAACGUGGAAGACCUGGUAGAACUUUCAAUGGCACACCAGGACGAGAGGGCGAGAGAGGCCAUGUAGGCCGGCCUGGACUAAGAGGUCACCCAGGACUACGAGGAGUCCCAGGUGUGUGUCAGACCACUGGGUGCGCUCUGCUAAACAACAACACAACCAAUGGAUCACAUCAGAAUGCACCCCAGAGGUUGAGAAGACACCCAUAGAGGCAAAGAGGAAACUUUUGACCAAGCUGCAUGGAUGUAUCAUGAAAGGAGGAGUGGGGGAGGGGUGGAUUGGGAGAGAGAGGAGAUUUUUUGUUAAUAAAUGUAUUAAAAUCAAAGUCAAAAUGCUUCAAUGUAAAUAUGCAUCCAAUCUCCACUGUGAAAGACUGAGAUUCACCCAUUUUACUUUCUUGAACAAAUCUACUCUAGAAACUUGUACUGUAGGCCUUAAAACAGCAUCCCAUUCUCAUGGUUCAUUUGAAAAAUACACCAAUAGCUAUAUAUUAUGUAAAAAUGCUUUGAUUUGAAAGUUUAUUUGACACAUUUGAUUUAAACUGGUCCUAGUUGUCUUCAAAUGUCACUGAUCUUUAUAAUAAAAGCACAAAAAGCUUUUACUAACUUAUUUUACUGUAACAAUUCCUCCACUGUUUUCUUUUUUAUUAUGAUAUAUCAUUGAGAACAUUAUAUUAUUAUAGAAUACAAAAUCAAGUGUACAAUUCUUAAUUGUAAUUCACAAAUUGUUCAGCAAAGUGUUUAUCACAAUUCUGUUGAAGAAGGCUAGCUACUUAAAUCAAUAACAGUUACUGUUGGCCAAUGGUUGCUGUUAUGGCUAGCAGUUACUGUUAGCCAUUGGUUGCUCUUUUGGCUAGCAGCUAAUGUUAGCCAAUGGUUACUGUUAUGGCUAGCAGCUACUGAUAGCCAACGGUUUGUGUUAUGGCUAGCAGCCAAUGAUUACUCAUCUGGCAUGCAGCUACCCUUAGCCAAUGGUUACUGUUAUGGCUAGCAGCUACUGAUAGCCAACGGUUUGUGUUAUGGCUAGCAGCCAAUGAUUACUCAUCUGGCAUGCAGCUACCCUUAGCCAAUGGUUACUGUUAUGGCUAGCAGCAUAAUGUUAUAGUCAAAUGUCUUUUCAAAAUAACAGUUUGUGUCAGUCUGUGCCUAAUGUCAGUUGUGAAGUCAUGCAUUAUUUGAUUACGUUUUUGUAUGCCUUGUUACUAGCAGGUUUAAGUGUCAUCCAGAAGGCAUAAUGUCGGUUCAUAAUGAAGUAACCAACAAAACGACCUCUUGUAGUGGAAAGAUCUGGAACAUAAAUGUGAAUAAAAAAGAACAGUACA